GUCAGUCAUUCCCAGUGCGAAAGUCAGGAUGGAGGUCGAUUUGGUAUCGGCGUUGGCCAUCGGCGCCAUCGUUCUGCUGGUGUACUAUUACGCGUUCAAAAAGUAUCAAUACUUCCUGUCGAAACCGGUGCCAUGUCUGAAGCCGACCCUAUUUUUAGGAAGCACGGCGCCUAUGCUUUUCCGCCAGAGGGACAUGCCGACGCAGGUUCGAAUUUUCUACGACACCUUCUCGGAUGCGAAAGUAAUCGGCCUGUACGAUUUGGUGAAUCCGAUCUAUAUGCUGCGAGAUCCGGAGAUGAUAAAGAAGGUGGGCGUGAAGGACUUCAACCACUUUCAGGACCACGCCCCAUUCAUGACCAGCGCCAAUGAUGAGGAAGAUUCGGGUGAAAGUUUGUUCGGGAAUUCGCUGUUUGCGCUGCGAGGUCAAAAGUGGCGGGAUAUGAGGGCCACGCUGAGCCCGGCCUUUACCGGAAGCAAGAUACGACACAUGUAUGAGUUUGUGGCCAAAUGUGGUCAAUCGAUGGUGCAGUUUUUGAAGGCCGAAACUAGCCAAGGGAAGGAGUUGGAACUGGAAAUGAAGGAUGUGUUUUCACGCUUCGGAAACGAUGUGAUCGCGACCGUGGCCUUCGGAAUUGAAGUUGACUCAUUACGCGAUCGUGAUAACGAUUUUUACGUCAAGGGUAAACAGCUAUUGAGCUUUGACUCAAUUUUUGUUUUCGUCAAAAUGAUGGCCAUCAUGAUGAUGCCCAAGUUGAUGGAGAAGCUGGGCGUAGAUUUGGCAGAUCCGAAGUUGACCCAAUACUUCAAAAAUAUGAUCACUGACAACAUGAAGCAGAGAGCAGCCCAUGGCAUCAUCAGAAAUGACAUGAUCCACAUGCUGAUGGAGGUUAAGAAGGGUUCGUUGAAACAUCAAGACGAAGAUACGAGCACUAAGGAUGCCGGCUUCGCUACGGUAGAGGAGUCUACUGUCGGAAAAGCUUCCCAUACGAGGGUUUGGAAUGACAACGAGUUGAUCGCACAGUGUUUCCUGUUCUUCCUAGCUGGAUUCGACUCCAUCUCAACCGCUAUGAGCUUCCUAACCUAUGAACUGUGCGUCAACCCAGAUGUCCAGCAAAAACUCUACGAGGAAAUCGUCGAAACCGAUCGAUCUCUAAGUGGUAAGCCUCUAUCGUACGAAACCCUUCAGAAAAUGGCCUACAUGGACAUGGUCGUAUCGGAGGGGCUUCGCAAGUGGCCUCCGGCCGUCAUCAUGGAUCGUUACUGUACCAAGGAUUACAUGUACGACGACGAUCAGGGGACCCGCUUUUUGAUCGAGAAAGGUCGCACCAUCUGGAUCCCAGCCAUAGGCAUCCACAGGGACCCAAAAUACUACCCCAAUCCGGAAAAAUUCGACCCGGAACGAUUCAGCGAGGAGAAUCGAUCGAAGAUCAAUUCCGGAGCCUAUAUGCCGUUUGGUGUAGGCCCCAGAAAUUGUAUCGGAUCUCGACUGGCGCUGAUGGAGGUCAAAUCGGUACUUUUCUAUUUGCUGAAAGAUUUCCGCCUGGGACGCACCGACCGAACCGAGGAUACCGUUAAACUGUCGAAAAGUUUGUUCGGUUUGAAGGCAGAAAAUGGCAUCUGGGUGAAGUUUAAGCCUAGGAGUGCCUUGUAAUUAGUGAAAAUUUGAUGACAUUGUAAAAUCGUAUUGUAAAGUCUAGAGAUAACUUUAUCUUUGUAAUAGUGACAAAUAAAAUUCAAGUGCGAGAAAUACAGAAUCGCAAUAUCAAAAUAGUAAACAAAG